AUGUCGUCCACCUCCUUGUCUGAGCCCUCGGACUUCCUCAAGGCUUCUGGGCCAUUCUUCCGCUCGGUGCCUUUCCAAAUCUUGGUAGCAUGUGGUGUCUCGUUUACGGCCCCGGGUAUGUGGGAUGCUCUUGGUGGGCUAGGAGCUGGAGGAGCUGCUGAACCCUACGCUGUCUCCGCUGCCAACGCCCUGGUAUAUGGACUCUUUGCUGUAGUCUGUGUUGCUGCCGGAGCUAUCAACAACCGGAUCGGCUUGAAGUAUGGUCUUGCACUGGGUGCUAUUGGAUAUCCACUAUAUGGCGCAGGACUCUACACCAACAAUGUCUCUGCGAACACAUGGUUCAUGUUGUUUGGCAGCGCUCUUUGCGGUAUCUCCGCUGGUUUCUUCUGGGCUGCUGAGGCUGCUAUCAUCAUCGGAUACCCGUCUCCUGGAGACCGCGCGUUUUACCUCGCUAUCUGGCAGACCGCCAAGGCACUUGGACCGAUCGUAGGAGGAGCCAUCAAUCUUGGAUUGAACGCAAACAAGAAGACCACCGGAUCCGUUUCCUCGACGACAUACAUUGUCUUCAUUGUCAUCAUGUGUCUUGGUCUUCCGGUCGCUCUGUGCUUAUCACCAGCACACAAAGUCUGGCGAAGAGACGGCACACGGAUCGUCACUGAGCGCGCCGCAACGUGGGGUGCUGAGUUCAAGGCUGUUGGCAAGCAGUUCGUUAGCCGCCGGAUCUUGCUCUUGCUACCAGCUUUCUUCAUUAGCUACUUCUACAACGGCUUCAUGAGCACAUGGUUGACAACAUACUUCACGGUCCGAGCUCGCGCGUUCUCCUCGUUCUUCACCAACUUUGCCGGUAUCUUCUCCUCGUUCAUCAUCGCCUUCCUACUCGACAAUCAGAAAAUUCACAUCAAGACGCGUGGCCGCAUUGCCUUCUCUUGCAUUAUCACCCUCUUGGUUGGUACAUGGAUCUGGGCUACAAUUCUGCAAAAACAGAAUUACGAUGCAUCAGAGUCUCCAGUAUUUGAUUGGUUCCAAGGCGGCUUUGGAAAGAGCUAUGCGCUUGUUUUCUUCUGGCAAUUCGGUGGUCAGGCCUUCCAGCAAUUUCUCUAUUGGUUGGUUGGCCAGUAUGCGACGGACCUUUCUAACUUGAGCCAUCUUACCGGUAUUUUGAGAGGUGUAGAAGCGUUGGGCCAAACUGUUGCUUGGGCUAUGCAAUCAGAAGGUGGUGCGAACCACUUCGUCAGCAUUGGUAUCAAUUUCGGCAUCACAGUGUUGUGCGUCUUCCCUACCUGGGUCGUAUUGUCAGAACUGGAGGGGAGCCACGAAGUCCGUGUUACAGAGGAGAUAGCAAAAGACAAGACUCUGAGCGAUACAGCUUGA